AUGGCGCGCCUUGACGUGAAUGCGCUGCUAAAUGUAGCACCUGAAUCUUUUGACCCUGAAGAUGAGUACCGAAAUGAUGUGGAUGGAUCAGAUGAAGAACCAAGGGAGAAUGAUGAGAAUAUGUCUGAAAAGGCCGCUCGGCAGCAUUAUGUCGAUGUAGGGCCCAGCCAGAUGCGUCGCAAGGCGCGUCUUACUGAGUCAGACGUCUUAGACAAGCCACAGUAUCAAAGUGUUAAAGCAUCUCGUGCAGAAAUGUUCGGUGAUGAUAUGGAUGGAAGCAAUGGAGAGGAAGUCGAUGACGAUGAUGAUGAAAAAAAUCUGGACGACGAUGAAGAGCUGUAUGAUAACAGCCAAGAAGACGCAGAGGGAGAAGAUACAGAAGAAGAAGAAAAUGAUGAUGAUGAUGAUGAAAAUCAGGAUAUCAGUAUCACUAUGGAUGGUGAUCAAGUCGAGGAAGAAGACGAACAAGACGAGGAGGACGUGCAGGAAGAAAAUUCAGUGCUUCACUCUGCGUCUAAAGAUGGCUCUAAGCGCUUUAAACAUCAGCAUGUUGAUGCUGCUGCUACCUUUGCCAUGCAAGAACAAGAGAGCCUCUCUCUCAUGGAACAGAUUCGUGAAAAGCGCGCUCAAGACGCAAAGAAAGGGCAAGAUGUGAGAAAGCAAAUCAAAAAUUGGGAGAAGACGCUACGCCUUCGUAUCUCAUUCCAAAAGAUUCUGACAACAGUCUCGCGCUUACCGCCAUCUGUCUUACUUAGUGAAUAUUUCGAGGAGACGCCAAAUGCGCGCGACGAAAUUGACGCUGCCGCCGCGGAGCUAGAGGACAUCGCCACACAAAUGCUCGAGCUCCGAUUGUAUCUAUGGAAGCAGAACUUUUCCAGCAUGUCCGCUGAUCUUUCUAAACAUGUUCGGGUCGAUGCAAGCGCAUCAAAAGCUCUCGAAGACUUGGAACACGUGUUAGAACCGCACAUCAAUACCCUUCUCACGCGAUGGUCAAACAAGAUUAGCUCCGCGCCACACUCUCGGAACAGUUCGAGUAGCUCACGGCUUCAGCUGCGCGCAAUGAACCAGAAUGUUGUGGACCAAAUCCGUCAGGCAUUGGCUGGAGACGGGAUGGACAGGCUUGUGCAACGUACCCAAGUGUGGCGUGCCGAUGACAUGGACCGACUUGGCGUGAUUGCGACUGCAUCUCAAGAAUCACGGCCGACCGAUACUGAAGUGUUUGAUGAUAGCGACUUUUACGCCCAACUCCUGAGAGACCUAAUUGACAACGCGGGUAUUAUGGAGACUGGAGCAUCCAAUGCUGCAUCUGAUGCAUUAAUGUCGCGUAAGCGAAAGCGAAAUGUCGAUGUACGUGCCUCCAAAGGCCGUCGGCUCCGGUAUGAGGUUAUGGAGAAAGUGCAAAAUUUUAUGCCUCCUAUCCCUCGAGUGACAUGGGACGAUGCACAAACGGAACGACUUUUCUCUCAGCUGGCAUCCACAACAACUGCAUCUUCUGACACGAAGGAGCCCGAGUCAGAUGAACCAACAUGGUCCGAGAAUGAUGGUUUCCGCCUCUUGGGCUAA